UUCGUAAACACCGAUGCCUUAUUCAAUAUGGCUGCUCCCAGAUGCAGUUCAGCGUUCGUUGUUUUUUUGGAGAACGGUGCUUAAUUUUCUCGAACAAAAUCGCAGAAUCGGAUGACCCUUGGAUGACAAUCCGUUACUCAGCAUGACUUCGACAGGAAGUUCUGAUCUUGCGGCGGCCCACCGCCGAGCGUUGCGCGUGGCCGUCGGUGUAAUCUGCAUGGAAUCCGGGUUUGACCGCGCCAACGAGUCCUGCUUAGAAAGCUUGACUGAAAUGUUGCAGAGUUAUCUUACUGAAUUGGGCCGCAGCGCAAGAACGUACUGCGAGCUAGCAGGUCGGACACUGCCUAUGGUGACAGAUGUAGGCAUGGCACUGACAGGGAUGGGGUCAAAUGUCAAGGGCCUUGCUCAUUACGCUCGGCGACGGCGGAGAUUUCCCCCACUGCAUCAGGACCGCAGUAAGCAAUCUCAGCCCUGCAAGGCUCUUCAAGCCAGCGAACGCAAGCCGCAUCCUUCUUACAUUCCUGAUCACCUGCCUGAGUUUCCUGAUCCGCACACAUACAUCAGGACAACGACAAAUAGACAGCAGGAGAAUGACUACAAAGUCAUCCGCGAGAGAGCGGCAUCGCAGAAACGUGACGUGGAGAGGGCGCUGACACGAUUUAUCGCUAAGACGGGUGAUACACAGACGUUGUUUCCCGGAGACAGCAAUGUCUUUCCCCUGAUUGCCUGCACCCCGUCUCCCCUCCCCUACAUCGACGCCCUUAUGCCCCCCGAACACGAAAUCUGCGAUGAUGACGAAAUGGAUGAUACCGACACGGACGAUCAGAAACUGGCGACAGACGAAGGCGAUUCUGCGAAACCAGAGGAUGGGGAGACUGGGGCUCCGAAGUCUCCUGGCAGCGCCAGGCCUCGCGUCGAACGGAUGAAAGUCGACGCCAUCCUGAGCGACAAUCCGUUCUUGCGGAAAGUCAAGAAGCCGCGACUAAAAGUCAAAAAGAAGUGAAGGAUUUGACAUCUGCACGUGUUCUUUAGUUACGUUUCAGGGCUUCUUAUGCUUAUUUACUGUGGUGCUCUUAAGUCUGACUUGUUUUGUCAAAUCUCGUGUGAAGGGGAUAAAAGUAGACGCUGCUCGGAGUGACAAUCUGUUCUUGCAAAAAGUUAAGAAGCCCAGACUUCAAGUCAAAAAGAAGUGAAGGAUUUGACAUUUGGAUUUGUUUUCAUCCCCCUGGCUUUUAAGCUAGACAGGGGGAUAUUGCGAUCGUGUAUUCCUACUGUGCGUUCGUGUAUGUGUGUUCCAUUUGUAAAGUUCAGUCAUCAAUCUCAACCAGACUUGAAAGGUGGUCUGUGGAGAGGAGGCCAAUAUAAAAAAAAAAAAUCCUUUCCAAUAUGGAUUUUUAUGAGGUCUCUGGAGAGCUCAGCUCAGUAUUACUAAGGACUGUAACAUAUGCUGCAGUGGCAAGGGGAAUACACAUAGACUAGGCCGCACCGAGUCCGGUGUCUCAUCUAAACUCCCCAUUCAACCCAAACUCCCCAUUCAACUGAGAACUGGAAGUCUGGUACCUGCCGGGUAGACAUCAAGGUCAUCACUGAAAACUGUCUUUACUAACUGCCUGUACAUGUACAUGCAUGCAAACUGGCAGGAUGCCAGGGGAUCGCGCAAGUUUUACUUGAGUAUUGUUUUGUUAUAUAUUAGGCCAACUUAUUUUCAUUUACUGUCGCGCUUGAAACUCUCGCCGAGUACCAAAGCUUACACGGAGUGGAUAAAAGAAGAUGCCAUUUUGAGCAAACAGCCUGUUGGUGCGGGAAGUCAAGAAGGAAAGAUUUGAAGGAUUUGAUAGUUUGGAUGCAUUCUUUUUUUCAGUGUGAAAGCGAAGACCUGUCUUGGUCAACCCUUUCUCCCUAAUUGCUUCUUCCCACCCAGGAGUAAAUGGGUACAUGUAUGUGCGAGGGCCGAGUGCUUAAUUUAACGCAAUGACUUUAGCUGCUUUGCACCAAAAUGGCAGCAUCGAACUGUUUUACAAUG